CCUCCAUCCAUUUUCAUACUCCUCCUUUCUUAGCCCUUCUCUUCUCCUCUCUCUAUCUCUCUCUUUCCUUUGAUUAUUGCUUCUCUUCCUUCUCUUCUCCUCUCUCUCCCCCUCCGUCUUUCUACCCUCCUCCUUUCUUCUUUGUCUUACUUCCAGAUAUGAGCUAUGGUGGCGGCGAUGGUAGCAGCGGUUGUGGCCGCUAACGUGAUGGAGUCAGGGUUGGGACCGGGUUGACGAUGAUGGUGGGGAUGCCAACGGUGGUGGGGCUGGCGGCGAUAAAAAGACUAAGUGUGGUGGUGAUAAAUAUGAACUCAGUAAAUCGUGAGUUAUAAUACAAGAUUAUUUUGAUUAAAACGGCCCAUCUCUUCAACUUUUCCCACGUAGGGUUUCCAUAAAGCCGCCGGCCUUGUAGCCUCUGCUUCGCCGGCUUCUUCCUCUUCGCAAUCGAUCCUGCAUCUGCUCUUCAACUUCUUCAGUCCUCAGUCACACGUAGGGUUUCCAUAAAGCCGCCGGCCUUGUCGUAGCCUCUGCUUCGCCGGCUUCUUCCUCUUCGCAAUCGAUCCUGCAUCUGCUCUUCAACUUCUUCAGUCCUCAGUCACACGUAGGGUUUCCAUAAAGCCGCCGGCCUUUGUCGUCGCCUCUCCUUCGCCGGCUUCUUCGAUCGUGACGCUUCUCUACUCUCUUCGCGAACUUCAUCGAUCCUGCAUCUGCGGCUUAUUUCUGCCGGCUGUACGGUUCUUCCCGUGCAGCCGGCUGUACGAUAUAAUUUGCGAGCGGAUGGAGCCGGGGUUUGAAUGGCUUUGAGCCGGGGUUUGGUACCAUGUUUCAAACUGAGACACUUAUACCUAGGCCACAAGAGAUAAUUCGGUGUGAUAUUAGAUUUCGCUUUAAUAAGCAGCAAAAUAUAGCCAGUCUAUACACUAUUUGUGCUUGACAUACUCCUGACUGCUCCUAGAUCCAAUAUCUUUUUUUAGCCGAUGUUGGAAUAUGUGAUCUUUGACAACUCAUCUAUAAUCUGACUGAAAUGAUCUGUUAUCAGCCUCAUUUUACUAUGCAUUAUGUGUAGGAUAUCUAAAUCAUGUGAUUAAAAUGUUCUCUUAUAAGCAACAUUGUGUGUGAGGUUUCUUUAAUGUCUUUGGGUUACAUUGCCUGCAUGUUAUGGCCUACUAUUUAUGUGUGAUGCUUGCUCUUUUAGUUAUGAGCAAAUUUUAGGCUUCGCGUUUGGAGUGAUCUGCAGCGUAAUAAAUACAGUUUUAAGGCCUCCUAAUUAUGUACUGAGUCGUUUGUAUUAUCCACAAAGUGGUUUCUUAAUGAUUCUUGUUUUUUCUCCCUAAGAAAUUAUAUACGAGUUAUUUAGUGAUCAUCUAUAUCUUUUACGCACAAUGAAACGAUGUCUUGUUAGUGUUAAUUAUUUGGGGAAAUCCCGUUCACAAGUGGGCGUAUGAUCAAUUAAAGAAGCUUGUGGAACGAAACAUCAGAGUGGUCCUCAUUAAGAGGUGAUCGAUAACUGUGGUUGUAAGCCUAUUGAAACAUAUGAUGUCUAAGUUUUAUCAGAAUGUUAAGCCUAUUGAAACAUAUGUUGUCUAAGUUUUAUCAGAAUGUUAAGCCUAUUGAAACAUAUGAUGUCUAAGUUUUAUCAGAGCCACCGCCUUAGCGUUCUAUUAAUUAAUCCAUAUUGGCGGAUAUAUCCAUAGGAGCAGUACCACCGCCUUAGCGUUCAAAUACAUAGACAUGCAUACACAGAGGCCUGCCCUCUGCUUAGCUGCUGAUAGUAGACUGGUAGACAUUAAUAACCGCACAGUGUGUAAUGAUUUUCAAAAGAUAUUUGUGGUUUCUCGGACAGUACUUUUUGUGUUUAGCGGCCAAUCCGACAUUGCCACCACUAGCGUUGUUAACUCUUUGCGAGCUGAGGUCCAACAGUAUGGAUAUAAUAAUUACACCUUUCAGAAUGCACUUGACCUAGUCACUUCCCUUGUUCGUCAUUUGAGUCCAAAAGAUAAAUUUAAUGUUAUCUUAGCUGGGUAUGAAGAGCGGAAAAAGGUUAAGUUUAAUUCAAUAUUUAAAUUGUGAUUUAUUAAAUUUUUUGUAUUGAUUUUCAGUUUUUUUGUAUGGUCUAACAUAUUAAACGUUAUUUGUAGGAUUAUUUGAUUGCAUUUGUUGACAAAGCGGGACAAUCGCAUGGCAUCAGUUCAGAAUAUGAUAUGUUGUGCAUUGGUAGUGGGGGACGAAAAGCAUAUGAAUUUCUUCAAAAACAUCGGUGGAAAGACUGUACCUCUUCCCAUGGAGCGGUUCAAAUUGCAAGCCGAGCUAUUGGCUAUAGUGCAAGCGAGGAUGAGGCUACAGGUGGUACUCUAACAGUUUACAUUUCGGGAGGUUAUUUUGAAGGUCUUAUAAUUCAUUCCGCUGUUGUUUGCAUGGAAGAUCUCCCUACUUAUUUACGGGAGAACGGAUUACCACCACAAAGGCAGGAUUGAAAGGUGAUUCACUGAUUGUCUUGGAUGCAUCUUUUAAACUAUUAAUGUUGCAUUGUCUGUUUGGCCUUUUCCAUUUGCUGCUUUGCCCAUAAUUGAUGUGACAUCUUGUUUGUUUAGCAUGUUCACGUUGCUAGUUGGUACUGUAUUGUGCUUGUCCAUUAGUACCCCGCAAAGCAACUUUGUGUGAUUUCAAUCUGUUGGGGACUUGGGGCUUUUCCCCAUGUUUUGACAUAGUGGCAGUCUCUUUGUUUGUUUGAUAUUUGAUUCAAGUUUAUUGUUCUUGGUACCAUGUUUCAAACUGAGACACUUAUACCUAGGCCACCAGAGAUAAAUCGGUGUGAUAUGUGAAUUCGCUUUAAUGACCAGCAAAAUAUAGCCAGUCUUUACAUUAAUUAUCUCACCUAUAGGACUCUGUUGAUGAUGCCAGACUAUUUGUGCUUGACAUACUCCUGACUGCUCCUAGAUCCAGUUUUUUUAGCCGAAGUUGGAAUAUGUGAUCUUUGACAACUCAUCUGUAAUCUGACUGAAAAGAUCUGUUAUCAGCCUCAUUUUACUAUGCAUUAUAUGUAGGAUAUCUAAAUCAUGUGAUUAAAAUGUUCUCUUAUAAGCAACAUUGUUUGUGAGGUUUCUUUAAUGUCUAUGGGUUACAUUGCCUGCAUGUUAUGGCCUACUAUUUAUGUUUGAAGCCUGUUCUUUUAGUCAUGAGCAAAUUUUAGGUUUCGCGUUUGGAGUGAGUUUUCUCUUGAAAUUCUGAUGCAUCUUCUCACUUUCCAUAAGCCCAUAAUCACACAAUGAAUAGAAAGAGGGAUCUGCAGCCUAAUAAGUCCUUUUAUUGGAACUGAGGCUUUGUAUUUAUGCUCUGACUGAUCAAUUUUCUUCCAUGGCUAUGUGAUGUGGAAAGAUGACCGAACAGGUAAUUAUUUCGACAGGGAAUCAGGUUUGCGACGAAAAACUUUGGUUGCCUGAUAUAGAUGCUUGAUUUCCCCUGACCGCCUGCUUUCUUUAACCGAUGAUUAUCUUUCGGAAACAUAAGUGUACAAUAUUCUCUUGCAGAAUGUACCUUUUUUUUCCCUCAUGCUAUCUGCAUAGAUGUUGCAGUUCUGGUUUCUUUUUAGUAUUUUGAAUAUCUUGUUAAAUUCUGCUCAAUUGAUCUGUCAGUUUCGUAGAUUUAUUCGUGUUCCUCUAUUUCUAGUUGAUUAGUCUUCCCGAGAUUGCCACAAGAUACUUUUGGUCGGUGAGCAUGCGGCAUGUUGCAAGAAGUUACUUGGAUACCUGGUUUUAUCAGUGAUGUUCUAUAUGACGUUCCAAAGAGGAUAGAGAUUUUGGGCCAAGAAGAAGGCUCUAAUAUGUGAACUUUCUGAUGAAUCUAAUUGAAGGGAUAUGUACUCUACGACUUGCCAAUAUUCUUGUGUUUGGGUGGGCUGGGAGAAAAACGAUUGUGUGGAUCUUACUGAUAUGUCUCCUCUUAUUGGGCUCAGAGAAAAUGGGUUUUUUGUUGGCCAUACAGUUUUGAAGGUGGAGUAGGAAAAGCGCAUGGCUAAACACGAGAAAACUUGCUUGGAAAAUCAACAUGUUUUUAUCCAUUUGCUUUUGAUACGUUUGGUUCUCUUGCCCCAAUUGUUUUGGAAUUUCUUAGUAGGGUUCAGAGGGUCGUGCAUAGUAAUAUCUCGAACCUUAAGGCUCAGAACUUUGUUUUUAGUAAUAUGAGGUUUGCUAUUCGAAAGUGCAUUGCAGCGCAGCUUGUUGCCCGUUUGUCCACCACAUUUUUGUAACUUGUUGAAGCGACCAAUCUAAUAAUUAGGACAUUUUGUGAUGCUGUAAAGACUACUAAAGACAUCUAAACCUA